UCUAAACUGUCUUUCCACUUUUCUUCUAUUCUUUAUAUUUCUUGAGGCUAUAGCUAUGGAGGUGGCAUAUACUGGAAGGAUAAAAGCUAGUCGAAAUGUAGGACAUCAAUAUAUUGUUGGACUCAAGAAGAGUCGAUAUCACUAUGAAAAGUCAAUAGAAGUGAAUGAGAAGAUGGUAGAGGAGAUGCGACAACAAAUGUUUCAGAUCGAGAAACAACUCAUAAAGAAAAUACUUGUUCGUGAACAGGACAUCUCAGGACUAGAAAACAAUUUGCAUCAUAGAUGGAGAGUCAUCGAGGAUGACAGGCUGAUGGUGAACUUUCCGAAUUGCCCUAAGAAGAUGGAGCUAGACAAACUAACUUUUACUAAUAACGCGUAUCGUGGCAAAAAGGCGGCGGCUGUUAUAUCAUUUUCGUCCGGGGAACGAGAAAUUAAUAUCCAUGAUAGAAACCAACCUAAAGCAUCAGAUGUUACACAAGCUAAGGCGCAUUGCAUGGAUAGUGACAGACGCCUUCUUAAGAUGCUGAAUCCAAAUAAGGAUACAGAACCUGUUAUUUCGCUUGCACAAGUUAAAGAACAAAUGAGGAAGUUAUAUUGUUCAAUGAAAUGGCCAUAUUUGAAUAGCACAAGCACGAGCACAAUGGAUGAAGAAACAUAUGAGAGAAAGCUAAGGGAACUUGAAUGUGAGAGAGAUCAAGUGUUUGUAAAUGCUCCUUCUAAAGCCUCUCUAUGGAAAUUAUUACCUUCUACAAAGGACUUACGCAACCAGAUCAAGGCUAUGGAGGCAAAAGAUGAAGAAAAGAGGAAAAAGGUAUUGAAAAGAAGAAAGAAGAUCGAGUCAAGGGAAAGAAAGAUAAAAGAGACAGAGAAUGAGAUCAAGUCUAUGAGAAAGAUGUUAGAUCGGAUUCACAUCAGAAAGCAGAAAGCUUUGGAAACCAUUUCACAUGAAAGGACUUGUUUAGAGACAAUAAUCACAUAGUUUAUUGACUUAUAGUAAUGUUUUAAAAAUAAAGAUACGAAGAAGAGGGGUAUAUUUGAAAAAUAUGAAAUAGUUGUGAAUUCUUCUAGCUAAUUUCUAAAGAAAUCACUAUCACCAAUUCACCAUCAUUCAUCAUCACCAACUGAGAAAAC